GGAAAACUGUAUAUAUAUACACACACAUACAUAUAAAACCUUCAUCUGCUAAGCCUUGGCUACUACACUGUAAGGUACUAAUAUGCUCCGCGUUGUCCAAGUAAUCACAGGUGUGGUUGUCGUUGGACUUAGUGUGGCCCUGGCCGUCCUACUAUUACUACUGCCACGCCUGUCCCUGCCCCACCAGAUCCUGCAUGAACCUGUCCCGUUGCUUAACGUUGUAUCGGGAUUACUACUCAGUGUUUUGAUUAUCAUCAAUUCCAUCAUAAUAGGAUAUAUCCAACUCCUGUUGCAACUAGUGAUAUCGUUAGUGUAUAUAGUAUCGGGUAUACUUCAAGUGGUGACCACUCCUUCAACCUCACAUACUAUUAUAUUUAUUGUCGAUGUGAUUUUCAUAACAUCGUCGAUGUUGAUUUCCCUGAUCAACUACUUGCAACCACUACUGCUACUACCACCAUCAUCACCACAACAACAACAUCAUCAUCACCAACAAGACGAAGAGUCCACUAUCGGAUCCACCAUCCAUCAAGAUGAAAAAUACACCUACAAAUUAUCCACCCCCAAUAAUCCAAUCAGAACAUCCAUCAGCACCCCCAAUUUCGUCACCCAUCAAACAAAAAAGAACAACAAUAAGGUCCAAACGAGUAAUUCAUUGCUGACCUUGGUAAGUGCCAGCACAAAUAACAUCUCACGAGACCCAUCCAGUCUACUCAUGCUAGAAGUAGACGACGAAGAAGAACAAGAAGAAGACGUGACCGACAUCGUUCGCCGAUCUAAACUGAUGAUCGUCAGUCGCAAAGUUAAGCGAUGGAAGAGCAUCCACGAGGAAAAGGCCUUCCUCAGCAACGUCAAUGACUGUUUGCUUCCACCAGUGCUCAAGGGGAACAAAGAAAAAUCGCCCAUACAAGAGCAACAAGAAAUACAGGACCUUCCGUACAUUGCCGAAUUUGACGAGCUGAAUGGCGACGUUGAGUUUGUGGCUGACCCGGAAGAUUUGAAAGUACGAAGAAAACUGGACUAUGGUGACGUUCUAACUGGUUUAGAACCCAUUCCUCAGGUCAUCCAGCCUGAUCCUACUAAACGCACCAUCACAUACUAUACUCCUCCGCCCAAGGAACUAAGAGCAGACCACAUCGACAACAUGAGCGAUUUAUCCACCACUACACGAAACCCAUCGUCGGAAACAACUCCGCUGUUUGCAAUCGACAAAACCGCGGUGCCGUCUCGCAUACCCACGCGCACACCGUCGCCACCAACAACAAAAUCCGUGCAUACUUCACCCUUGCGCAAGCUUUUUCAAGACAGCAGCCCCAAACGAAUCCUCAAACACAAACACACGAGCUCAUCGAUGUCACGGUUGAUUGCUAGUCCGCACAAGGUGAACCAGCACCGUCAUAGCGUGUCGGUGCCCACGUUCAAACUCCACAUUGAGGCUAUUGACCAGUGGGAUGUAAAUACCAGCUACAACAGCGAGGAAAGCCGGAAUAGUAGUGUUCCUAGUGCUGUGCUAGGACAAUAUGAUCGGGAAAAGUGGGAUGCGUUGAAGUUAAGGGGACAGGUGUAACUUAUGUGUAAUGAUUAUUUAAUGUGUGUGUAGUUUGGACCGAAUCAACAUACUUGUACAUCAUGCUACCAUGUGAUAUGUAAGAAGCCCAUCUUGUUAGAGCUUUGUCAAGCACGAAGGUCGCCCGUGGCUCUUCCCCCACACACUCUCUAUAUAUAUACACGUACAUACGUACAUACAUACACACAUACCUACAUAGCUAAUGCGCUUGGUAUGGCAAUACAAGCUCUUUCU